UUUUUUUUUUUUCUUUUGUUUUCUCCCGCGAGUUGUUAAUCCCUUCGUCGUACUCAGCUACCGCCGCCGCCGCCGCCGCCUGAGCUGAGAGUCUGAGAGGCAAGGAACGAGAGCCCAGAGGCCGGGGAGGGGACGUGAGCUCCGCCUGGGAAGCGCUAGUACUGCUGCCGCCGCCGCCGCUGUCCGUUGCGGGACUGCGCCAGCCUGGCGGCUCUGCCCCGGGCUGCUGGCGCCGCCAUUGCUUGCCCUGGCGCGGAUGGCGCCUAAACUGGUGCCCUCGGCCGCCUUGGCGUGUAGUCGCCACUGCCUGAGGGUAGCUGUGGUCUGAGGACGGACGUGUGGCCCGCCUUUACGCGGCCACGGCUCCCGUGCCACGGUUUUUCUCCCAUCGCCAGAGCAGCAGCCGUCCCUACCGCCGUUGCUCAGUCUUUCGAGCUGCCAGCUCCAGCAGUAUAUAUGAAGUCUGCUCCUGUCUUUAAAAUGGAGGAGGCUAAUGGAGCAGUGGAUCUGGAGGUUGACAUUAUCGGCCCAGGUGCUGCCGGUAGCAAGGUAGCCUCAGUUGAGGACCCUGACGCUACAGAGUGUUCAAGUUCCUUUGGGGACACUCUGUCAGGAUCGGAGGAUGAUGCAAGGCCUUCAGAGAUUAGCGACAUUGAGGUGGACUCGCCGUUCUGCCGCUAUCCUCCUAAUGGUGAUGCUGCUGCUCUACUCGAUGCAGCUGCUUCAGACAAUUUGGAUAGACUAUUGAAGAAGAAAAAGGUGACUGAUCAUUGGAGAAAGUAUGUGAGCCCAUUAAUGUGGAGAUGCCAAUGGCUAGAACUGCGGAUGAAGGAUUUGCAAUCUCAAGUGUCUAAAUAUGACAAGGAGCUUGCAGUACUCAAGCAUGAGAAGGAGUUGCAGACAAAAAUGAUUGAGUUGGAUUGUUCCUCCUCACGAUCAGUACCGUUCUCCUCUCUUUGCUGCAGGAAGACUAUGAAACGAAGGAGGAGAAAAAGAAACGAAGACAAAAUUGAUACUUCAUCAUAUAUCUCUAAUCAUACUGUGUUCUCUUAUUUUGAAAAAACGGAAGCAGAUGGCCAUUCUAUUGAAGACAAUGCCAACUUAGCGGAUGACAACACAAAAGGAAAUAAUGAUGCUGAUUGGCUACUUGGUAUUGAAGGAGGUGAUACCACUGUUGAACAGAUUCUUUUAAGCAUUCAAGCUGCCCAAGACAGGGUAUUCAGUCUGAGAUCAAAUCUCAAGCAAGCAAUGGCUAAGAAGAAUAAGGGAAUAACCCUUAAAAUUCACACAUCGGUCAAUGGUACACAGAGCUCAAAUUGCUCCCCAGGAAAGGGCAAAGUUGCUGGACUGCAUGAAAGAUCUCCCCAGGACACAUCAGAAUGUGAUAUGGAUGAUUCUGCCAUGCCUGAUAGUGCUGUCUCGAGCUAUGGAGAAGCUAGCAACAUGGAUAUUUUUGAGAGCACCAUGAGUCUAUUGUCUGAAGGCCCACAUCGGAUUGGAGAAUUCCGUGAAAGUUCUGAAGAUGUAUUGAUUGACAACCAAGCAGCAGAGGAAGGUUACCAAAAUUUUGAGGUGAUCAGCCAUCCAAGCAAGCGUCUAAGGGUAUCAGUGAAGCGAGAAGCUGGGGCACAUUCCGAGGAUGAGAGUGUUGCCCCUGUUAUCGCAGUCAAAAAAGAAGAAACACAGGAAGAAGCCACCACCAGCUUCAGUCUGCAUGGGGCAUUCCUGAAGCCCUGCUUCACAGGGAAGAGGCAGGAGAGGAAGCCAAAGAAGCAAAUGAAGCGAAGACGAGGUGGUCCAUCUGCAGCAGCAGCUCUCAUCUCGUGGAGGAGCAAGAGGAUCCGGAAGAAGAAGCAACUCUAGGAUGGACAUGGACUUAUUCAUGUCCCGCACUUUCUGGUUUAAUUUAAUCAGAUGAUGGGAUGAUGACGACAACCGCAGAUUUGUCUUUCCUUGUACCUUAUCUUUUUUGUUUCCUCGCAACAGCAUAACCAAGAGCAAUCCUUUGUACCUUAUCUUUUUUGUUUCCUCGCGACAGCAUAACCAAGGUGCUUGUAAGGCAGUUGUGCACCUGUCUCUAUUGUUGUUGUUGCUUUAUGGUCUUGUCUUGAACAAUGUGACUUGUCAUAAGGAGUUGCUUUUAUGGAUUCAGUUCCCCUUA